CCUAAUGAGACUGCUGCUUUCUGUGUCACUUACUGUAUCCGCACCUCUCUCUCUAAAACCACUCACUCUUGGUGUAUUUCUCUUCUUCAAUGAAAUGAAUUGAAGCUACAAUUGCUGAUUAUAUAAUAUAAUCAUGAUGAUGAUGAAAAGAUCAGUGCGAUGGUCUCGCCUCUUACAACAAUCCCAACCAUUUCUCGUCCUCAAACAAUCCCAACAAUCCGACUAUUACUCAACUUGUUCUCAUCAUCAUCGUUUCCAAAAUCUACCAUUCUUUCCCAAAAUCAACCAUUUGCAGAAUCAUCAUCAAUUCCUUCCAUUUGGGGGAUUGGGGUUUUCUUUCCAUCAUCAUCGAUUCUACUAUGAUCAAUCAUCAGACGGAGAGACAAUUGAGGAGCUUCUCGCGGAAGUUGAAAGGGAAAAGCACAAGGAGAGAGAGGAGAGGAAAAGGGCUGGUUUGGACACAGCCGACAUUGAUGCCGAGGACGAAGAGGAUUUCAUGGGUGUGAGUCCACUCAUCGAGAAACUCGAGAAAGAGAAGCUCAAAGUCAUCUCCACCGCCACUCUCAACCUCCGCGAAGAGCCCACUGACUCCGACAGCAGCGACGACGACGAGAGGUUCACUGAAGACGCCAUCCAGAAACGAAUCAAGGAAUUCGACAAGAAGUUCGAGAGACACGGAGAGCUCCUCAACAACUUCACUAAAGCUGAGACACUUGAUGAUGCUUUUAGAUGGAUGAAUAGAAUAGACAAAUUUGAGCAAAAGCACUUCCGGUUACGCCCAGAAUACCGGGUCAUUGGUGAGCUCAUGAACCGUCUCAAAGAAGCCACUGGCAAGGAUAAAUUUCUUCUUCAACACAAAUUGAAUAGGGCAAUCAGAUUAAUUGAGUGGAAGGAAGCUUAUGAUCCUAGUAACCCCGACAAUUAUGGUGUCAUUAAUCUCGAACAAUCAGGACCCUCCGUUGAUCAUUUGGAAGAACAUGAUGAAUUUGAAAAGGACGAAGGGAAAAUUAUAGGAAAGGCUACACCAGAUGAAGAUGACGAUGAUGAUGAGGAGUUCAACGACAUGAAAGAGAAAGAUGAUAAACUCUUAGAGAAGCUUAAUGCAAUUGACAAGAAACUUGAAGAGAAGCUGGCACAGUUGGAUCAUACAUUCGGAAAGAAGGGAAGAGUCCUAGAGGAGGAGAUCAGAGAUCUUGCUGAGGAGAGAAAUUCAUUGACAGAGAAAAAGAGGAUACCUCUUUACAGGAAAGGCUUUGAUGUACGACUAAUUGAUGUUAAUCGGACUUGUAAAGUUACAAAGGGGGGCCAAGUGGUCAAGUACAGUGCUAUGUUAGCUUGUGGGAACUAUCAUGGUGUUAUUGGCUUUGCAAAAGCAAGAGGCCCCGCGGUCCCAAUUGCCCUUCAGAAGGCAUAUGAGAAAUGCUUUCAGAAUCUUCAUUAUGUAGAACGGCACGAGGAGCAUACAAUUGCACAUGCAGUACAAACAACAUAUAAGAAAACCAAGGUGUAUCUCUGGCCUGCCCGUACUACAACGGGUAUGAAAGCUGGCAAAACUGUCGAAACCAUUUUAAAUUUGGCUGGCUUCAAGAAUGUCAAGUCUAAGGUUAUUGGCUCCAGGAAUCCACAUAAUACAGUUAAAGCUCUUUUUAAGGCUCUGAAUGCGAUCGAAACUCCGAAAGACGUUCAGGAGAAGUUCGGCCGGACUGUUGUUGAGUCGUACUUGCUGUGAGAGGGAAGAAACGUCGUGGUUCUCAGCCGAAGAAUGAAAAUGAACUCUUAAAAUUUCUACUUAUGGAAAGUUGACUCCAGCUUUUGCUUCAUCACAUCAUUGGGUUAAUUAUGCAAUUGCCAAGUUUUAUUGUGUCAUUUUCUCCUAUAAUAAUGCAUCUUUUACAACUGAAUCGCCCCAGCCAAAUGUGGUAUGCCCACUUUGACUAUUGAAUAGUGCUUUCUUUUAGUUUCUUCUUAUUUGCAGUAGUUGUACUUGUCAUUUGAGCUCGAGGUCCUUGUCUGCUUAUACUUAAUGGUUGGGAGGAGUUUGCGUCAUGUAAUGCCUCGUGGCUGCAAAGGUUAAGUAGUCUAAUGUAAAUUGAGCAGCUCAACUUAUUAGUACAUAAUCAUCUUGUUCAGUUA